CUCUUAUGUGUUACCUCGCUUCAUUGAACGAAGAAAAAUGGCAGAGCCGGAUUUAACAUUUACUAUACAGGCUUAUUUUAAGAUGGUUCUCCAUGCUGCAAAAUAUCCUCAUUCAUUAAUUAAUGGAGUUUUAAUAGCCGAUAAAGGGAAUACAAAGCAGCGUAAAAUAGUUGAUUGUGUUCCGUUGUUUCAUAUACAUCCUCAAUUAUCGCCUAUGUUGGAAGUCGCACUUACACAAAUUGAAGGCUAUUGCAAGAGGCAUAAUUAUACAAUGUAUGGGUACUAUCAGGCAAACGAAUUGGCUUCCAAUCCAACAUUAAACCCUUUAGCGACUAAGAUUGCCUCGAAAAUAAGAGAAAACAAUGAAAACGAAGGAAUUCUAGUCAUGCUUAAUUAUUCGGCGAUUGAACCUAUUGACUUUGACAAGAAUGAAAUGAUUGAUGUCUACACCUGCUCUAAUGGUCAGGAUUGGAAAAAGAAAAAUGAAAAUCGCUCCGGAUGGAUUGAAAAAGAAAAGGACAAGGUAAAGCUAUCGACUAUUUUUAAUUCACUCAUUGAUUUGAACGCAACCAAGUGGCUGAUAGACUUUGAUAAUCAUCUGGAUAAUUGCGAAUUGAACUGGAAAAACACUAUUAUAAAUGAUAACUUAAAAGCUCUUGUUAAGCACAAUUUCACUAAAUAUUUGGAUACGCGUUAA